UGUAUAAUAUGUUUAAUAGUACUUUUAAUUUGUAUUCGCAUAAUAACAGUAUGAAAUUAUGUUUUAAAACAUGGUAAAUUUAUUUACAUGAUUAUUAUUAUAUAUUGAUUAUUUUAUAGGGUCUAUAUAAUAAAUAUUUACCAAUGAAAACUUCCAUUUUAACUCGUCAAUCUAUUAGUGGAUUUGGAUUGGCUAAGCUCAUACGCUCGUAGUUUGCUGUCCGUAUACCAUGCCUUAAACUUACGUCACUCGUAUACAUACGGUCGUAGAAUAACAUGUUGAGAUCAAAGCAGAGCCAGAUAUCACCAAAAUGCACCACCGAAGAGUCGCAAAAAAACGAUGAUAUUGUUCAUGAAAAUAACCGAACUCCUGGAACGACUAACAAGAAACUGGCAUCAAUAAAGGUUGCCAAUGUUGAAUCAACUUCGAAAAGACAAAUGAAACGUACUAGAAAUAGAGAGUUGGCCCAGAAGAGUCGCAAUAGACGCCGAGAGAAGGUUAUGUCACUUGUUUUGGAAUCUGAAAAACUUGAUGCCAGACAGAAAGAAUUGACGGCCGAGGUGAGUCUACUGCAACAAGAAGCCAACCAACUUGUGUAUAUUCUUGAGUGCCAUCGCUGUCACUAUGGUAACGCCUGUCCGAUUGUUCACAGCAACAUACACUUUGGAGUCCAAUAAUAAACCAUACUGGCUUUCUCAACUCGUUUCUCCGUUUGUCAUACCAUGGAGGUAUGAAAGAAAUGCACAGAGCGUGCAGCGAAAAAAGGACGCAAGCUCAUGGUUGAACCAUCUCCUUUUUUUUUAUACAUCCAUGGUCAUACUCCCUCAAGGUUGAUCCCGCUUAAUCUUUCGUGUGCUAUUAAACCCGGAUUAACCAUGGUAUAAAGCAUUAGAUCAUUGGUGGCCAGUUUUAUCCUCAUAGUCUCUGAUUAAUUUUUGGGGUAGGUGUAUAUAAGUAAGAAUAUCCGUUUUAUGUAUAUUUUUGUAAUGUUGCGGAUAAUAGCCCUUGAUGGCUU